AAAUUGAUCGGUGUUCGAUGAAUCGUCGAUAGAUUCAUUAUCCUGAAUUCUACAUUCGCACGUUAUCAUUGUUCGACUUAUUUGGUUUGGGAGCUGAGGCGUAAAACAGACAUUGCACGUUAUUACUACAGUAACCGGCGUUUGACAGGAUGUCAGGAUGGCGAGCGUUCCUGACUUACCGGACAGCCUGGUGCUGGAGAUCUUCCUGCGUCUCCCCCAUGCAGCGGUGUUGAACGCCGGCCUGACGUGUCUCCAGUGGUUGGCCGUGUCUAGAGACGAGUUCCUGUGGAGGGAGCUGUUCUAUAGCUACUACCGUAUCCCACGCUCUGUACCUCGCCACCCAGCCGCUGUGUCAUGGUACAAAGAGUUUAAGCGGCUGUAUGACUGCAUUCCCUGCGUGGAGGUACAGACUCUAAGGGAGCACCAUGACCAGGUUCUGCAUUUGGCCUUCUCUCAUAGCGGACAUCGCUUCUCAUCCUGCUCCAAAGACUGCACUGUCAAGCUUUGGGACACCGAGCGGCCAGAUGGCACCAUCUCUCUGGUGCACAGCUCCAGCAUGCGUCAGUUUAACUGGGGCUACACGCAGUUCUCCCAGUUCAACAGCGACGACACUUUGCUGCUGGUAUCAGGGGUCUACCUGGGACCACAACACUCCUCUUCUGGAGAGAUCGCCGUCAUCAGCUUAGAGAACUACACGCUGCUCUCACGAGUGAGGAACAAGCCCUAUGAUGUUUUCGGCUGCUGGCUCAACGAGACUCAUCUAAUUUCUGGCAACCUGCAUUGGAUUGGCAACAUGACUUCCUGCACCGUGCUUUGGCUCAAUAAAGCUUUCCAGGACAUCGAGUCUGAAAACGUCAACGUGGUCAAGCGCCUAUUCAAAAUCCAGAACAUCAACGCCAGCACCAUUCGCACGGUGAUGGUGGCUCACUGCCGACGGCACGACACGCCGGACCUGCUGCUCGACUACGAGGCGCAAUCUCAGGCCCAGCAACACAAAGGAGAAUCUCGACAACACCAGCCUCUGCUUUUUAACUUGGCUUCAGACAGCGAAGAAGACUGCGACGAGAGGGACGAAGAGGACGAAGAGUGUGCCGAAACGAGACGCUCUGGUAAUCUGCCUCAUCUCAGCCCGUCCAGACUGGAGCAUGUCAGACACGGUCUUCAGAGUGGAAGCGUUCAUGACCGCGAGCUAGAGGUACGAGUGGCUCGGCUCAUGGGUAGCUGUCACACCAAAGCGCCCAAUCCGAGCCUGGUAGCACCUUCUGCCCCUGGAGAGGGAGAGGACAAGACUUAUUUACUGUUUACCACAGGCAGCCUUACCUACUCACCUCACCAGAUAGGUAUUAAACGGAUAAUGCCUAAUCAGAUGACUACGUGUGGACCUGUACUCGGGGAAGAGCGCAGCGCUGAGGAAUUUUUUGAUUCACUAGAUCAUGUGAUCGAUAUUCACGGCCACAUUAUCGGCAUGGGCUUGUCACCAGACCACAGAUACCUGUACGUGAACAGUCGCGCCUGGCCAGCAGGCUGCGUGAUUUCAGACCCCAUGUCUCCUCCACCCAUAGCUGAAGAGAUCGACAUGCACGUGAUCGAUUUAAAGAGCCUGCGAGAAGAACGACGCAGCCUCCGUGCGCACCGAGCCUUCACCCCUAACGACGAAUGCUUCUUUAUUUUCCUCGACGUCAGCCGUGACUUUGUGGCAAGUGGCGCUGAAGACAAGCAUGGCUACAUCUGGGACCGCCAUUACAACAUCUGUCUGGCUCGCCUGCAGCACGACGAUGUGGUGAACUCAGUAGCCUUCAGCCCCACCGACCAGGAGCUCCUGCUGUCAGCUAGCGACGACUCCACCAUCAAAGUGUGGCGCUCUCCACGUAUGGUGCGCCUGGCGCGCCGCCCGACUAGAACCCGUGACCUUCUCGCCUCUCUACGAGCUCACAGAAACGCUCACACCGCUUUAAAUGGCCAACUGUGAACAGGAGAAUCAAGCAAGGGAGCUGGGACACGGUGGAGACUCGACUAUAAAAAAAAACAAGCUUCUGAUCGUGACCUUUAACAAAAUAAAGGCAAAGCUUUCUAACACUUAACGAGGCCUAAGGACGAGGUGGUCACUGUUAGAGGAAAGAAGUACAAAAGGUGCACAAAAAGAACCUAUGACCUCCAUAAGAAAUCCAGCUCUUGUGCUGCUGUUUUGUUUGUUAAACAAAAAUUCAAAAAUAAUUAGUUUUUAUCUUACAAACAAACAAACAAACAAACAAAAAACCACGGACUGUAAGUGUGUGUCCUGUUUGCUGUGGUUUGGUCUGCUGUAAGUAUGCUGUGUGGGAAAGCAGACCUUUUAUAAAAUCAUUGUUUUGUUUUUUUGUUUUUCUUUCAAAAAAAUUAUAUUGUACAUGACGGCAAGUCCAUUCGGCUCCAAAAGUGUCGGCACCCGGCGUGAAAAUGAGCGGUGAAGUACAAGGAUGCCGUAUCGUUAUUCACACAGACUUUUUCUUUCUCUCGUGUUCCUACUUUUAAAACUUUACUAUGCCUCAUUGCCUGUUUAAGCUUUUUACACAUUAGCGAUCAUCUCGUCGUGAUCGUCGUCGUCACGCGUAUGCGGUCUCCGAUUUCUUGACAGUUCUACGACGGUGUAAUUUUAUCGCAGGCUUCGGAUAAAACACACCUUAGUGGACACUUCAGGGUUUAUUCAAAAUAUUUCGGAAUUGUCAAUGUCGGUAUUUACAGUUUAUUAUUAGCUUAAUAUUUUACGAGUUCAUUUUAGUUGUCCACAUGAUGGGUGCCAAUAAUUUUGGAGUUGUGGAAUUGAGUGAGAUUAUAUACAUUAAAUCUCUCUUAUUUUUGAUUUUUUUGCAGACUAAUUCAUUAAAGAACUUUGUAUCCCAUCUAUAACACUAACACAAAUUCCCCAAAUGACGGCUUAAGCGAAGCAUUUACAAAUGUGUUUUAAUUACAUUCGUAUCUUCGUGGAUGUUUGGUUCGGGAUGUAAAUGUAUCUAUAAGUCUGUAACCUCUUGGCAGAUGCAGCGGUUGUAGUUCAUAAUGCCACAGUGUCAUAGUCGUGUAGCCCAUCGUUCUAACUUGAAUUGCCCUGUGUCGCCUGAUCCACGGUGAAAUUUCUCCUCUGUGAAUUUUCUUUAUUUUUUUGUGCUCUCUGGAAUGACUUCUUUACCCCCCCACACACACACACUGUCUGACGUGAGUAAAAUACAACAUUAAAACUUCUCCCGUCAUGCUGUUUAA